AUGCGAGUUGCAAUUAUCGGUGCUGGGCCGUGUGGUCUUGCAGCCGCCAAGUAUCUCCACGCUGAGAAAGCCUUUGGUACGAUUACUAUUUUCGAACAACGCGAUGAUGUCGGCGGGGUGUGGUACUAUACGCAGAAUAACACAACAGAUGUCAAUUUCUCCAUUCCGCACACAAAGCCAAAUACAUCUCCCGAAGAACCCAUCUGUACCGGUAGAAAAGGCGGGAAGAAUAGUGAGGAGGAGACUUUUGAAUUCCUAUCACCGGCAUAUGACCUUUUGGAAACAAACAUCCCGCAUACAUUGAUGAAUUACUCGGAUCGCAAGUUUCCUGCAAACACACCAUUGUUUCCUGAACAUACACUAGUGAAGGAAUACCUACGUGGAUAUGCAGAGGACAUUAGAUCUUUUAUAUCUUUCCAGACGCAAGUUGUCAACGUGUCUCCAUUGCAAAUGGGUUCGCAAGAUACGUGGAAAGUCACCGUGAGAGAUCUUGUGACCAAAAACACCUCGAUACAUCACUUUGAUGCUGUUGUAAUUGCCAAUGGGCAUUAUAGUGAUCCGUAUGUGCCAGAUAUCCCAGGAAUAGAGCAAUGGAACAGGGCAUACCCCGGCGCGAUCACUCACUCCAAAUUCUAUAGACGACCAGAGGAAUAUCGAGACAAGAAAGUCAUUAUAGUGGGAAACUCGGCUUCCGGUAUCGAUUUAAGCGUACAAAUAGCCAACGUUUCUCUUAGGCCGCUCCUGAUCUCCGAAAAGAACCAAGAGACAACAGUAAAUACGAACCCACGGUUAGAAAGCGUCCCUGAAAUAGUCGAAUUUAUUAUUGGCGACCGCGCUACAGUGCGCUUUUCCGACGGCCGUGUUGAGCGCGAUAUUGACCACGUCAUUUUCUGCACUGGCUAUCUCUACUCAUUCCCAUUCUUUUCUCAGUUGGAAGGAUCUCCAAUAGUGACGGAUGGUAAACGCCCUUGCAAUUUGUACCAACACAUUUUUUAUCAUCCUCGCCCGACUCUGGCUUUCGUCGGACUACCACAACGAAUCGUCCCGUUUCCUGUGUCUGAAGCACAAGUAGCGUUGAUAGCGCGCGUGUUCUCCAGACGACUGGAACUUCCGCCUCAAAAGGAAAUGGAGAACUGGGAAACAGAUUGGAUCGCAAAUCACGGAUCCGGGAAAAGUUUCAAUAGUCUAGCUUUCCCUCUAGACGCCGAUUAUAUCAAUUUCUUGCACGACUAUAGCCUGCAAGCAAGACAAAAAGAGGGAUUAGAGAAUGAGGGACAUGGCAAGAAACCUCCUUACUGGGGUGAAAAGGAGAGAUGGGUGCGAAAAAUGUUCCCAACCAUUAAGUUAGCUUCAAGGGAGCUUGGGAACAGGAGGAAAGAGAUCACGAGCCUAGAGGCGCUGGGAUUUGAUUUUGAACAAUGGAAAGAAGAGAAUGCAGCAGGAAAGGCGUCAUUAUGA